AUAAAGCUGGUCUCGUGCGACUCACUAUCAAUUCCCAUUGAAACGUGCACAGCUCUGGCAGCAAAGAUGAUCUUGCAUUUGUUCGCAUUGGGAACGAUCGUUGUUCUUGCCAGUGGCUAUGCGCUGCCCACCCGUGAGGCUGAGCGUGGCAUGCAUCCAGUGUACAAGGCAGAUGCCGCAGAGCUGCGUUCCAAGCGUGCCAGCAUGCCGGUGAUGACGUUUCCCUCGUUGAAGGUGGAACAGUAUGCGGAAUAUUGGCGUAGCAUUGCCAACCAGACGCUGGAACAGCAGCUGGAGAGCAAGAUGCGAUUGAACACACAGUUGGCCAAGAAUAUAAUGCUGUUCCUGGGCGAUGGCAUGUCCAUACCGACAAUAACAGCGGGCCGAGUCUAUCUGGGGGGCGAGGAGAAGCAGUUUGCCUUCGAGCAGUUCCCCUACGUCGGCCUGAGCAAGACGUACUGCGCCAAUAUGCAAGUGGCGGAUUCGGCGUGCACCGCCACAGCUUAUCUGUGUGGCGUCAAGGCCAAUUAUGGCACUGUGGGCGUCACGGCAGCGGUGCACAUGAAGGACUGCUUUGCGCAAUCGCAGCCGGAGCAUCAGGUGGCCUCCAUUGCCGAGUGGGCGCAGCGGCAAGGCAUGGCCACGGGCCUGAUCACAACCACAUCGGUGACACAUGCCUCUCCGGCGGGUAUCUAUGCCCACAUCGCCAAUCGCAACUGGGAGAACGAUGCGGAUGUCCAAGCGGAUGGCGCUGAUCCCAGCGUCUGUGCGGAUAUUGCCUCCCAGCUGGUGUAUGGUCCAGUUGGCCAAAAUCUGAAUGUGAUUCUCGGCGGGGGACGUGAGAAUUUUCUACCCGAACAUGUUCGGGACACAAGUGGCCAGCUGGGUCGUCGCAAAGACGGACGCAAUCUUAUCGAGGAGUGGCGGCGUCAGCACACCAACAGUGCCCACUACGUAUACACACGUCGCCAGCUGCUGGAACUGUCCAACCAGACGUCCCGAGUGCUCGGCCUAUUCGCACCAUAUCAUAUGCCCUAUCAUCUCGAUUCGAAUGCCGAGGAGCUGCCCACUUUGGAGGAGAUGGUGCAGGCAGCGAUGGACAUACUGGAGCGCCAGAGCGGCGGACGUGGCUACUUUCUGUUCGUAGAGGGCGGUCGCAUCGAUCAUGGUCAUCACGAUACGUUGGCCCUGCGAGCCAUUGAUGAGACCGCUGAGUUCGACAAGUCCGUGCGCUGGGCACGGACACACAGCAGCGUGGAGGAUACGUUGAUUGUGGUGACAUCGGAUCACUCGCAUACCAUGUCGCUGGCCGGGUAUUCCAGUCGAAAGAACGAUAUAUUUGGCAUCAAUGAUGGGCAACUGGCCGCCGAUGAUUUGCCGUAUGCAACAUUAAGCUAUGCCAACGGACCCGGCUACAACAGCAACUAUCUGCGUGAGGGAGGCGCCGUCAAGCGGAAGAAUCUGCGUGCCAUCAACAUGAAGAACAAAGAUUUCAUGUUUCCGACGGCGGUGCCACUCGAGUCGGAGACACAUGGCGGCGACGAUGUUGCCGUCUUCGCCAGUGGACCCUAUGCCCAGCUCUUCUCCGGCGUCUACGAGCAGCACUUCAUCCCCCAUGCGAUGGCUUAUGCCUCCUGUUUGAGUGAAUCGCGUAGCAUGUGCUCGGAUACGGGGAUUAGCCGGCGAAUACGUUAAGUUGGGCCUUGGGAUUGUGUAGUCACUUUGGGCGUGACUUUGAUUAAUGCACAAUCAGCAGUAAUUAAUUGUACUUAUUACGUAACUUAUGAACACACUAUUUUAGUUGGUAAGGUAUUUAAUUCAAACAGCUAUAUGACUAAAUAUACAAAAUCAAACUAA